UGUGUUACGGGUAAAGUACAAAAUAUGGUUAGUGUUCACAUUAUCCGGGUAAUGUGUACACUACCUGUACCUAUUGGAUAAAGUAAAAAUACUAUUUAUAAAACGUUUAUUUCGUACUUUACUCGGGUAUUUUACACAUUAUCUACGACUGAGUGGGUAAAGUACUUUGAUAAAAUGUAUAUGAUAAAAUAACGAUUGUAGAUAAAUGUUUAUGAAGAAACACACGCAAUAAUAUUUAGUACAGUGCUAGUUCGUCUUAAUACACGCGUCGUACAUAUAAUAGGUUUUUAAAAUGACUUCACGUGAAAAAUUUUAUGAAUGUUUUUAUAAAAUAGUUAAUGAAAAAAAUAAUAAUUCAGUUUAUUUAUCGGCAGUUAAGUAUAAUGAAAUAGUUUCGGAAAUUAAAAAUGUGAGAUCAAGUGGAAUAAAAAGUAACAAGGCAUAUCGAAUUUUGAAAAAAUACGACCUCAUUACUAUUGGAGAAGAAGAUAAAUUAAUAUUGCCGUUGUUGGAAGGUAAUACAAACAUUUUGUACUAUAUUACUAAUGAAAAUAUCUAUGAUGUGCUACACGAUGUACAUUUGAGUAUUGGGCAUGGUGGAAAACACCGCAUGAAUGCUGAAGUUAAAAAAAAGUAUAAAAAUAUAACACAAGAAGCAGUGUCUAUAAGCAGAAGUAGUAAAUAUAUAAUUUGGUUUUUGCUACUAGAAAGACUUUGUAUAAUCUGUACCAUUUACCGAAGUUAUAAGUUUACGAUUAUAGUUAUACGAAUACAUUAUCCACAGCACACCGGAUAAUGUAUAAAUUGAUUGGAUACUACAUAUUUAAGGUGGAUAAUGUAUACAUUACACUGUUCGUAUGGAUGAGGUUCACAUUACCCGGGUAAUAUGUACACUAACCAU